AUGUCCGAGCCGCCGCCAGCCAGUUGCGCUGUCUGUGGCAAGAAGCAAAGUCUCUUGCUAUGCUCCGCAUGUCGAGUCAUUCACUACUGCUCUUCCGACCACCAGAUCAAACAUCGCCCAGGUCACAAAGCAGCAUGCAAUACAAUAAAGAAGGCAAAGCAGCUCGUGGAAACUGAGGAAGCGCGCCUUCGGAAAACUGAACUGGACUGCGCUGUUGCUCUUUCCUUCGCAACUUACAAAUACGCAAAAAGCCUCUAUACCGCCAGGGCUUUACUAUUCCAAGCGUUGACCUCAAUCGACACCAAGGCGUCGCUCCAAGCCCAGCUCGACGAUUUGCACCGUCUGUUUCUUCUCGGACCACACCAUGUUCUAUUCGCCCGAUACUAUCUGCCGGCACUCAUGAUUCGACUGGGGAAGGAUCAGGAAUGCUACGAUUUGAUCAAGUGGUUCAGAGCGGCCAUUGAUAUUCCAGAUGAGGACUGGGCCACCGAGACUAGCCUAGGCGUGACCGUCAAAGAUGCCGAUCCCUUUCAGCCGGACAGGAUUGCCAUCGGAGGCCAAUCCGAGCUCGACCUCAAGAUCCAUCAAGCCUUGGUCAAAGUCCGACUUUGUCUUGAUGUGGAGGCACUGCACAGCCUUUCUGAGGCGAUCAAGCCAUACGUACUCCAAACUUCCAUAAUUGCGAGCAAACCCGAGAUCGUUGAGGCGAAUGAUCACAAAGCAGAUGGAACGGCACUCAUUGGCAUAUUGCUAGUGCAACUCUCAUUUCUCAUGCUCAUGGUUCACUCCGAGAACCCUCACUUUUGGGCCGCUUUGACCUCUCCUUCUGCUCUGGACUACAGCAAGCAACGUCUUCAAAUGGACUCGUGUAUCGAUAAAUCCUGGAAAUCAAACAGCCCGGAGAUGGCUGAAGCUCUCGUGAAGAUGAAUAUCGACGCCUGGCUCUCGACCCCGAGGGCCCUCGAUUUUGUCCGCGAAAAGUGGGGUACUAUCCUUCGCAACAAUGAAAAACACGGUAUUCCGAUGCCACGAGACCCUUUCAGUAACCCAAUGCCAGGCAACUGCCCCGCAAUGUAG